AUGAGCUGUUCCAUCGCCUUUCCAGGGAUAGAGAUUUCACAGAAAUUAAGUAAUGAAGAUGUGUUCCCAGAAAUAAGCCUCUGUCUAGAUGCCCUUCUGAAGGAUAUAGUAGUGGUUCCGAAGGAACAGACAGCACAAGAUACAUUUCUGCAUGUUCUAGAAGAUUGCCAGAGAACCUGCAUGACCAUUACUGUCACAGAUGACAGAGUAAAAGAAUGUUCCCCUAAUAAUGAUACAGAUCUUUCAUCAACACCCCCAGGGAAGAUUUUAAUGGAAACAUUCACUGAAAAGGGUAUAGAGACUGGUGAAUUUGACAGCAGUGAUUUGUUGAGAUCCCUCAGUGAUUCUGAGAGUAUUAAAAUGAUAAACCCAUUGCCUGACAAGUUAGGGUGUCAGGGUCGUGCUGUUUGCAUUGAUCCAUCAGCAGAUGAGAGCAGUGAUGCCCUGCCAGUACAGCUUGUGACAGCUCUGAAUGCCUUGUCAGGAUCUGUAGUAAAAACUGUCACUUCUGUAGUGCGAAAUGAAACACAGCUUAACACCAAGGGAGAGCAGUUAAAUUCAGAACCCAGUAUUCUCCAGUUAGAUGAUGACUGUACACAAAUAACAAACAUGAUUGAGCCUCAACUUGCUACAAUUCAGGUGGAAGAAAUAAAAGGCUUGAUAGGAUCUAACUUGCAGAGGACAACAAAUGAGCAACCUGUGGAUGGUCAGCAGAGAGAGGAAGAAGUAAUUUCAGAUUACUGUGGUGCUGCCUCUAGAGAAAAUCAAACUGGAGAGGGAAGUUCGCAUUCAGUGGAGGCUGCAGCAUGUGCAGAAACAGCUCAGACAACAUCAAGGAAAGCGAUGCAGUUAAGGGGGACCUCCCCAAGGAAGUGCAGAGAUCAUGUUUCCAGUCAUCACCAAAUACUAGAAGAGACACAGCAGAGGAUGUCUCACAGAGACAAUACAUCAAGAAACAAAGCUAAGGAUUUUGAUAAAAUUCAGAAAUCUACUUCUAAAGACAAGCAGGAUCUAGAAACCAGCGUGUGCCAAGAUGUAGCUCUGAAUGAGAAUACAAAAGCUAAGCAGAGAAGAAGGAGCAAGAGAAUUGAAAACAAACUGAGGCAAGAAGCCUUUGGUAGGAAUUCUGUAUAUCGUGUUGGCCCCAUUUCACUUUCAACAAUCAAUAGGAGGAAUAUUUAUGGUGAGACCUUGCUGCAUAGAGCUGUUGCUCAUCACGCUGUGGACCUUGUACGUAAAAUAAUAAAAGCCGGUGGAAAUAUAAAUGUUCAGGAUUAUGCUGGCUGGACUGCACUACAUACAGCAAGUGUGGAAGGCUUUUAUGGGAUAGCAAAUGAGCUUUUGAAAGCAGGAGGUGAUGUUAAUGCUAGAGGAAAUGAACAAAUAACACCAUUGCAAUUUGCAGUUGAAGGAGGCCAUUAUGAGAUGGCAGAGUUAUUACUUUGGUAUGGAGCUGAUCCCUUAUUAAAAAAUGAGAUGGGAAGGUGUGCGUUAGAAGAAGCUUCUGACCAGUCUAUGAGGAAACUGCUUAAUCGCUAUGUAGCAAAAUCCAGAAGAGAUUCAGUAUCAGGUAGAGAUGAUUCAAAAAAUAUGUUAAAUACUCGAAGUCUAGAUGCUACAAACCUGAACCAGAUUUUCUUACAGACAGAUGAGUCAGAACUAGCGUGUGCAGAUCUCACGGAUUCAGGUAGCACAGACAUACUGCAACAGACUAUUGUGAAUGAAGUGCAAAACAUUUGUACUAAUAUAUCUGAAGAUGGACCCAGCUGCACUCAACAGACACUUCAGGUCAAUGCAGAAACACUGUUAACACAUGAGCUUUUAGCAGCUACUAAUGGAGAAAGUGUUUCUGCGAGUUCUUAUGAUUCUACCGGUGGUGUACUAAGCACCAUUGAACAAAAGGCUCCACAACCAGAGGAAAGAGGGAGAAUCCUGCUUAACACAGAAGAAGGUGUUGAAGGAUGUCACAUUGAAACUGAAAAUGCUCAUAGUUUAGAGAUUGAGCCUAUAGCUUUACAACUCCAUGAAAAGGACAGACUUCAGAUUAAACAAAAGAGAGAGGAUCUUCAGGAGGCGAACUCAAAAGCAGAUUUGCCUUUUGAUGAAAGACUGUUUGCUGGAGUAAGUGGAACAGAAGGCACUGAAAAAAAUGGAGAAGAAAGAAAAGCAAAAACCAAUGUGCUUUCGCAGUUUACUCAAACAGAAGAAGUCCAAACUAAAAGAGUAAGAUUACACCUUCAGGAGACAAGCCAAAAGGCAGCCUCCUAUUCCAGUAGCAGCAAAAAUGAGCUUUCAUUUAAUCAGCCACAGUUCAGUCAAGCAUCAGAACAGCAAACAUCCAAGAAAUCAGGUGAAAAAAAGGCGAAAAAGAAGAGAAAUGCAAAAGGAGAAACGCAGCUGCAUAUUGCAGCUAGGAGAGGAGAUUUGUCUUUGGUGAAAACUCUAAUAUCAUCUGGAAUUUGUGUCAAUGAACAGGACUAUGCAGGUUGGACUGCAAUUCAUGAGGCUUCGGCUGGGGGAUUUACUGAAGUGAUCUUAGAAUUACUGAAAGCCGGUGCUAAUGUUAACAGCAGAGGUCUGGGUGGUAUUUUGCCGAUACAUGAUGCUGUUGCUGGCAAUUAUUUAGAGGCAGCCAGGAUUCUACUACAGCAUGGAGCGAACCCCUGUGAGAGGGAUGAUUCAGGGAAGAGUGCUGUGGAUAAAGCUUGUGAUGAUGAAAUGAAAGAACUGCUGAAGUCUUACAGUGCCAUGGACUCUGUACUUCCUGUUGAGACUAGUGCGGUUACAGAGAGGAAAUAUCCCUCUGGGUCAAGAAGAUCAAAACAUCAUUUUUGCGACUGCUUUAAGAAUGAUGAUGCAGCUUUGGAGCCACAACAUGAGCAAUACAGCAUGGAGUCUGUGGCUGCUAUACAAGAUGCAGAAAAUAAGCAAAAAGAACUGUUGCUAUUUGAAUUGAGAACUUCCAAAGAUGCAGAUGUGUAUAUCCAAAGACUGUCUCAGAUGCAGAAUACGUUGAAUGAAAUGCUUGCAAAACAGAAAACAGAAAGGGAUACCCUUGCUAAAAAAUACAGGGCUUCAGUGGAAUCUUUUAAAAAAGGAGCACUGAGGAAACAAUUAGUUAACCUUGCUUCUAGGCAAAAAAGUCUGUUGACUGUUGCCCAAAACCAGGAAGAAUUAGUCCGGAAAAUACAAAAUUACAGAAAAACAAAGCAAGUGUGCAGUGCAUCGUAUUCAGAGAAGCAUAUCUCAAACUUACUUAUUUCCUGUGAAAAUGAUAAAAGACAAAGUUUAACUGAUGAUGAAAUCACGUGUCCUGAGGUAGUUACAUUUAGUAUGGGGCUUGGUGCCAGCAUGCCUAAUGGAAACAGAGUAGAAGCACAUCUCUCUUUAGAAAACAGAUUUUCAGCUCGGGAAUGCAGCCAACAUCCACACAUCUGCUUGGAUGACGCAGGAGUGAAUAAAGAAGCAAUUAGAAGCAAAGAGGCUUCUGGUCAUGCUUUGGCAUCUGAAAACAGAGUAAGAGGCUAUCCCUUUGACAGCAGGUCAAAGCUGACAAACGCUGUAGAACUGCCUUCAGAACCUGCUGUUUCCACUGCUAAAACGAAGUGCUCACAGCAAAAAGGCGUUGAUUGUGUAGCAAUUGUGGAACAAGGAAACAAGUGUUUAAAUCCCACUUCAGUGACCAACGUAUUAAAUAUUGUAGAACUCCGAAGCACUGCUGUCAAUAACAAUGUUCAUCAGCCAGGCAGUGACUGCCAGCAGGUUAUUACAGAUGAAGAUCUACACAGAUAUGUAAAUAAGAAAGAAGCUUUCCAGCAGCAGCAGCAGCAAGUAGUUUUGUCAACAUCUACAAAGAACUUCCCUCUGCAGCAAAUGAUCUUUCAAAAUAGCGAGAACUCAUUUAGCGCCAAUUCGGUGCUUACAAAUCUUACCUCAAAUGCAGAUUAUCCAGUAAACCUCAGUGAGAAGUCUUCCCAGAGCUAUGAGGAAUGUGAACAAAACCAAAGAAGGUAUGGAAGAAGAAAUAGGAAAAAGCGUCAAUUGAUAGAUCUACUUGAAUUGGGAAGGAUUAAGCCAGGAGAAAACGUUUUAGAAUUCAAACUGCAGGAAUUUAGUCAUAAAGCCACACUCUUAAACAAUGGCAAGAUCAGAACUAGUAAGAGACAAAUACUACAGAAUCCAGUUGAGUGGGUUAAAGACCUACUAGGAAGUGAUAUUUCUGUGUCAUGGAAGUAUGUGUGGAAUAAGGUUACAUACCUUGGGACACAGUUGUCAAAAUUGCUUGUUGAAGAAGAGUCAGUUUCUAGUGACCUGGAAUUACCAUCACAAGAAAGAGAGCCUUCGGGAAAUAACUUUAUCAUGAGGGACCCCAGCAACCACAACAAGCACCGUCAGUGUCCUGGUACUGUCUCCGUUGCUCAGCCUCUUGGGAGCUUUGACCUGAGCAAAAUGCAGCCAAACCCCCCGUCCUUGCCACAAACAGAAGCUGUGAAAACAUUGCUAUGUGCUGAAAGAGAAGCAACUGCUACCAGGGAAUUUAAGAGCUCUUCUGUCCAGUUCAACUCAGUGGAAAGUCUGACACAGUUUCUUCAGUUCCGUGAGAUAGUAAUGGUAUGUAAAGAGGAGUUUCUACCAUGCCCUGUAAUGGAAAAGCACUGGAGUUUCUACAAAGGAUGUAAAGAUUUUGGAUUCUGA